GCUGAUUCUCACACACAACUUUCUACUUUUUACUUUUUCGUGUCACGCCGCGAAAACUUGUCUUUUUUCAACAUGUAUUAUACUAGUAGUAGUCUCCGCCGACUAGUAUGUAGAAAUCGUAGAGAAAAAUUAUUAUUAUUGGGUUGUUGUUGUUGAACAGUCCCAGUCCUUGUAGGUUUCUCUGUUCUUCUCCAGAUCUAGAUGGCAUUGCAGUUUGGUUUUGCUUGAAUCAGACUGUUUCUUGUUAAAUAAUUGGAAUUUGGGAUUUUUGAACCAAAAUGGAAGGCCUAUUAGUUCAAUCUGGUGAAGGUCCAGCAGACGAGACCCAGAAUUCAGAGUUAAAGAAACAAUCAUCUGCAGAGAGCGAGCGGGGAACAUCGAAAACUGAAAAAUUAAAUGCCACAGUGACGCCAAAGGUCUCAGGGCCAACGGGGUCUACCAGAAAGAGAAUGGAAAUGAAUAAAACUUUGGAUUUGAGCACAACAUCUGUAGCUAAAUCAGCCUCAGCCAAAUCAAGCUCUUCACGGAGUUCGAAUUCAGUUUCAUUGACCAUGAGAAGGAACAGCACUGGAGGUGGAGGUUUGCUCGAGAAGCAGCCAAUCUCAGUUACUAAGCGGCAAACUAGUGUUAAUACAGUUGCAGGCAAAAAAACUAGCCCCCUGGCCUCGGAAACACUUAGGCGGUCUCUCCCAGAAGUUCGAAGGAGUUCAUUGCCGUCUGUUGCUACCAAAUCGUUGACUCGGUCGAGCAUCUCGGAGACUACAAAGUCUGUUCCCUCUGCACCUGUUACUCGAACUUUGAGAACAUUGCCUACUGAUGUAAAUAAACAAGAUUCUGGAAAGAAGUCUUCUAUGAAACCAUCAUCUUCAACUUCCUCUUCAAAGAGGGUGCCUUCUUCAUCGUUGGACAGCACUGCCAGCAGCACAACUAGAAAGGUGGUUUUGAAGACCUCUUCUCUAUCACCUCGGACACCUUCAGUUACCAAUGGAUCAAAAGGUCGUUCUUCGACUUCAUCUGUAGACAGGAGUUCUGGUUUGUCUGGUCGCCGGAAAGUGGGAACACUGGAGAGUCGGGAUUCUCGUUUCAUUAUGCUUCCGCAGGUCGAGAUCAAAGCUGGUGAUGAUGUGAGGUUGGAUCUUAGGGGUCACCGAAUUCGAAGUCUCAAUUCUAGUGGGUUGAACUUGUCACCUAAUUUGGAGUUUGUCUAUCUCAGAGACAAUCUCUUAUCUACACUGGAAGGUGUUGAAAUAUUGAAGAGGGUGAAGGUUCUUGAUUUGAGCUUUAAUGAUUUCAAAGGGCCUGGAUUUGAACCACUUGAGAGUUGCAAAGCUCUACAGCAACUCUAUCUUGCUGGGAAUCAAAUUACAUCACUUGUAAGCCUUCCUGAGCUUCCUAAUCUAGAGUUUCUUUCUGUUGCACAAAAUAAGUUGAAGUCUCUUUCAAUGGCCAGUCAGCCUCGAUUGCAGGUAUUAGCUGCAAGCAAAAACAGAAUAUCAACUUUGAAGGGUUUCCCACACUUACCAGCCCUUGAGCAUCUAAGGGUGGAGGAGAAUCCCAUACUUGAGAUGCCACAUCUAGAAGCAGCUUCUAUUUUGCUUGUUGGCCCAACUUUGAAAAAAUUCAAUGAUCGAGAUCUUUCUCGAGAGGAGUUGGCAUAUGCAAAGCGUUAUCCUGCACACACUGCCUUGUGCAUUAGAGGUGGUUGGGAGUUUUGCCGUCCAGAGCAUGCAUCAGAUUCAACUUUUCGGUUUCUGUUCGAACAAUGGAAAGAUCACUUUCCCCCAGGCUACCUGCUCAAGGAAGUGUCUAUUGAUCAACCAUUUGAAGAAGAUGCUUGUUGCUGCCGCUUCAAUUUUAUCACAGACAAAAGUGGGAGUAGUGAUUCAGACUUAGUCUUGAAGUACCAAUGGUUUGUAGGAGAAAGAACUCCUUCAAAUUUUAUUGCCAUUCCUGAUGCCACUGGAGAUGUGUAUUGGCCAAAGCAUGAGGACAUUGACAGAAUUCUGAAAGUGGAGUGCACACCUGUCCUGGAAGGGACCGAGUAUCCUACAGUUUUUGCUAUAUCUUCACCAGUUUCACCUGGAACUGGGUGUCCAAAGGUUUUGAAGAUUGAUGUUCGUGGGGAACUAAUGGAGGGAAACAUUAUUAGGGGUUAUGCAGAGGUUGCAUGGUGCGGUGGAACUCCAGGAAAAGGUGUUGCUAGCUGGCUAAGGAGAAGAUGGAAUAGCAGCCCAGUGGUAAUUGUUGGUGCAGAAGAUGAGGAAUACCAAUUGAUUCUAGAUGACAUUGAUUCAUGUUUGGUUUUUAUGUAUACUCCUGUGACAGAAGAAGGUGCUAAAGGAGAACCUCAAUAUGCAAUUACAGAUUAUGUAAAGCCAGCUCUUCCAUCAGUCAGUGAUGUGAAAAUUAUUGGUGAUGCUGUUGAAGGAAAUACCAUCAAAGGUGUUGGAAAAUACUUUGGUGGAAGGGAAGGUCCCAGCAGAUUUGAAUGGUUGCGUGAGGAUAAGAACAGCGGUGAGUUUGUAUUAGUGUCAACAGGUACAACUGAGUACGCUAUAACCAAAGAAGAUGUUGGCCAGCAAUUGGCUUUUGUGUAUAUUCCUACAAAUUUGGAGGGGCAGGAAGGCAAGUCUGUAUCAAUACUGUCUCGGAUUGUUAAGCAAGCCCCACCAAAAGUAGCAAAUGUGAAGAUAAUUGGUGACAUAAGGGAGGGAAGUAAGGUCACGGUCACUGGUACUGUGACUGGAGGAACUGAAGGAUCUAGCAGAGUUCAAUGGUUUAAAACAAGCUCUUCAACAUUAGAUGGUGAGAAUGGUCUUGAAGCAGUAAGCACAUCAAAAAUUGCAAAGGCAUUUCGCAUACCUUUAGGAGCUGUUGGCUAUUUCAUAGUUGCAAAAUUUACUCCUAUGACUCCAGAUGGUGAAUCGGGUGAACCUGCAUAUGCUAUAUCGGAAAGAGCAGUUGAAAAUCUUCCGCCAAGCCUAAAUUUCUUAUCUAUUACUGGUGAUUACUCUGAAGGUGGAAUACUGACAGCAUCGUAUGGGUACAUCGGGGGUCAUGAAGGAAAAAGUAUUUAUAAUUGGUGUCUUCAUGAGGUAGAAACUGACUCUGGUACUCCAAUACCUGAGGUUUUCGGUCUUCUUCAAUAUCGUGUUACCAAAGAUGCCAUUGGUAAAUUCACUUCCUUUACGUGCACCCCAGUACGUAAUGAUGGGAUUGUGGGUGAGUCAAGAACUUGCAUGGGGCAGGAGCGCGUUCGGCCGGGGAGCCCGAGAUUGCUUUCUCUGCAAAUAAUCGGAACUGCUGUUGAAGGCUCUAUAAUGACUGUUGAUAGAAAAUAUUGGGGUGGCAAAGAGGGAGAAUCAGUUUUUCGGUGGUUCCGGACUAGCUCAGAUGGCACCCAUAGUGAAAUUAAAGAUGCUACUACUUCAUCAUACACGCUCUCGGUUGAUGACAUUGGCUUCUUUAUAUCAGUUUCAUGUGAGCCUGUCAGAAGUGAUUGGGCCCGUGGUCCUGUUGUGCUUUCUGAACAAAUUGGACCAAUAAUACCUGGGCCACCUAGUUGUCAGUUACUUGAAUUUCAUGGAUCAUUUGUGGAAGGGGAACGUUUGAGCUUCUUUGCAUCUUAUAGUGGAGGGGAAAAAGGAGAUUGCUUAUCUGAGUGGUUUAGAGUGAAAAGUAAUGGUUUAAAGGAUAAACUAAAUGCUGGUGAGUUCUUUGACUUAACUAUUGAGGAUGUGGGAAGAUGUGUGGAACUUGUUUACACACCUGUCCGUAAAGAUGGAGUUAAAGGGACUGCUAAUAGUGUGAUGUCUAGUGUGGUUGCUCCUGCGGAUCCGAUGGGUUUGGAGCUUGUAAUUCCUGAUUGCUGUGAGGAUAAGAUGGUGGUCCCUCAAAAGAAAUACUUUGGUGGACAAGAAGGUGAUGGCGAAUAUGUUUGGUACAGAACAAAGAACAUAUUACAUGGGCCUGCUCUCAUGGACAUAUCCAAUGCUUGUGAUGUCUUUAUAUGUGGAAAAACACUAACAUACACACCAUCACUUGAAGACAUUGGAGCUUAUUUGGCUUUAUAUUGGCUGCCGACUCGUGCAGAUGGAAAAUGCGGAAAGCCUCUAGUAUCAAUUUGCAAUUCUUCAGUUACUCCAGCUCUUCCAGUAGUUUCUAAUGUUCAUGUAAAGGAGUUGUCAUCGGGUACGUAUUUUGGGGAAGGAGAAUAUUUUGGUGGAUAUGAAGGACCAAGCCUGUUUAGCUGGUACAGAGAAACUAAUGAGGGAACUAUCAUUCUUAUUAAUGGAGCAAAUUCUAGGACUUACCAAGUUACAGAUUCAGACUACAAUUGCCGCUUGUUGUUCGGAUAUAUGCCAGUUCGUUCUGAUUCAGUUGUGGGAGAGCGCCGAUUAUCUGAACCAACUGACAUUAUUCUCCCAGAGCUUCUAAAAAUUGAGAUGCUUGCCCUGACUGGAAAGGCGGUUGAAGGAGAUGUACUUACUGCUGUUGAAGUAAUUCCAAAGAGUGAAAUUCAGCAACAUGUUUGGGGCAAGUACAAGAACGAUGUCAGAUAUCAAUGGUUUUGUUCAUCUGAAACAGGAAAUGAUGUUUCCCUUGAGCCAUUAUCUUCUCAGCGUUCUUGCUCCUAUAAGGUGCGAUUAGAGGACAUUGGUCGGUGUCUACGUUGUGAAUGCAUUGUGACUGAUGUGUUUGGAAGGUCGAGUCAGUCAGCGUAUGCUGAAACUGCCCCCAUUUUGCCAGGCAUUCCUCGAAUAGAUAAGUUGGAGAUCGAGGGUAGAGGUUUCCACACUAACUUAUAUGCGGUUCGUGGCGUUUAUAGUGGAGGAAAAGAGGGCAAAAGUAGAAUCCAGUGGCUUAGAUCAAUGGUUGGAAGCCCCGACCUUAUCUCUAUUCCUGGGGAGACUGGGAGGAUGUACGAAUCUAAUGUUGAUGAUGUGGGGUACAGACUGGUGGCACUGUAUACUCCUGUAAGAGAGGAUGGAGUUGAGGGCCAACCUGUUUCUGCAUCAACAGAGCCAAUUGCAGUUGAGCCUGAUAUUCUUAAAGAAGUGAAGCAAAAGCUUGAUCUUGGAUCUGUGAAAUUUGAGGCAUUGUGUGACAAGGACAGAUCUCCAAAAAAGGUUCCAGGAAUGGGUAGUCUUGAGAGAAGAAUUCUGGAAGUGAAUAGAAAGAGAAUCAAGGUUGUGAAGCCUGGUUCUAAAACUUCUUUUCCUACCACUGAAAUACGGGGAAGUUAUGCUCCUCCCUUCCAUGUGGAGCUUUUCCGAAACGAGCAACAUCGAAUUAGGAUAGUUGUGGACAGCGAAAAUGAAGUAGACCUGCUGGUGCAGACCCGGCAUCUGCGUGAUGUCAUCGUACUUGUGAUUAGAGGCCUCGCUCAGCGUUUCAACAGCACUUCCCUCAACUCUCUCCUUAAGAUUGAUACUUAAAAACUUCCUCUCCAUGAGACAUUUAAAAUACAAACUACUUAUAUUUGUAAAUUGGGCUUCUUUUGGGGGUCCACUCUGUUUUUCGUUUCCCCCUCCUUUCCCCAUUGUUUCUUUUUUCCUUUUUUUUUUUUUUCAGUGUAUGCCUUUCUGUAUUACUAUUUAGCUAAACAGUGUGCAGCAUCAUCAUCAUCAGAGGGAUAUAUCACAAUCACUGUUUUAUUUUUAUUUAUUUUUUAAACCAUGAAUAGUGAUGAUAUGGGUAUGUAUUGGUUUUUAACAUCUGAACUUAAAAAUUGGUGUUGGUUUCACUGCGCGUGCUUUA